AUGGCCCUGGCCUUAGGGGACGCUAAAAGUGGUUUCCGCUACAGCGACGUACUCCUGUUCAUUAAUGAAGAGGUGCUCAGUAAUGGCGGCGGCCCGGACUUCUAUGUGGCCUUCCGCGAACGGCCCUGGGACGAGAUAGAAGACCGGCUUCAGGCCAUCCUGACUGACCCUCAGGUGCCGUUCACCUUCAAGAGGGCAUGCGCCUGGAGUGCACUGGCUUUGGGUGUGCGUGUGGCCGCAAGGCAGCGAGAGCAGCGCGCGCGCAGGGUCCGCCGACUUCAGGAGCAGGUUCAGGAGCAGGAGACCGCCUCCAGGUCUCUGGCUUUCCAGCUGCAGCGGCUGCGCAAGGAGCGUGAUUUGCUGGUCUUGCAGUUGCGUCGCGCGCGGGAAAACCUCCAGCAGACGCUGGACCAGCGCGAAGUGGUGCGCUGGCAGCUGCUCCAGGCCGAAAGGCGGCUCCAGAUGGAGUCUCAGGCCAAGCGCCUCAGUCAUGCUACGUGGCCUCCGAAUGUGCAGGAGCGGAACCAGGUGCUGCCCAAAAGGUGGCGACGUCGGUUGGAUGCAGGUUCCCAGAAGGUGACCCAGAUGGCGACCCAGACGGCCUCAGCAACGGGUGUGCUUUACAUGCCAGGGUUUCCAGAUCCCCAGAUGCCUACUGGGGUGUUCUAUCCAUCUGGCACAUGCCCUGCAGUUGGGUUCCAAGAGGGGGUAGCCCUGCAGUGUUACCAGUGGAGCCAACGCCAAGAGGAAGGUCCUGUGGGGCCCUACUUCAUAAACCCCUCAGGGCACAGCCAGAGUCAAGAAAACCCAACCUCAAGAAACAGAAACCUGAGGGACAGGUGCCCUGUCUACCAAAAGAAACCUAUGUGAAGCUGAAGAAGCUCUGGCUCCCAAGUGUGUGAAUGUUCAUGAAAUACCCUUCUGGCUCUGAGCAAGCAGCCUGCACUGCACUGAAACCUCAACUGGCUGGAGCUAAAAAGAAUGUGGAAGAAUCAGGGAAAAGGAGACAUUCUGGCACACAUAUUUUGGAACAAGGGAGAACAGACAGAUUUUAUUAGAACUUAAUCUUUCUGUUGGGGAAAAGGGAUUAAUAUAGCACAGUUCAAAUGGGGGUUGGGGUGUUAGUAGUAUAU